AUGUUCUCUCGAAACUUGGCUUUGGCACCCGGGCGACUGCUCCUACCAUUGCGCUCUACUGCGCGCCACUUCUCCCGCUCGGGUUACGUUUCCCAGAAUGCCAAACCAGAGGCGACAUCGCCAACUGCGCAAGACGGCGCCACGGGCGAAAAACACCCUCUGCCGUUGGACCACGACUCCUUGUAUGUGCUAAGUGUUCCGAUCACCACGCAUGUGUCGUAUAUUUAUUGCAACCACAAACUGGCUCUUCUCGGCACUUCGCAGAUGGCCCGCUUACCCCAGAUUGUCAAACUUGAGAAUAAGCUCGUGAACGUUGUCACAAAAGGCUGGCAUAAACUUACAAACUCUAAGUCCAAUAUCAAUCGUACUAUUGUACGCUGGGUCCGCCGCUUGCUCAGUAGUGUGCCCUACACGGAGAACUGUCUCCGUUCGUUCCCCAGCAAGCUGCUGAUGAUCCGGGAGAUCAAUGACGAACAUUUGGCCUCCUUACCGCGAGCAGUAGUCACUUCUGAUAUUGGGAAAGGCACAGUAUCAUUGGAUCAGCUAAAGCCGAUCCCCGUUUAUCAUCCACGUUUCCAGGAGCCGCAGGCUAUUUUGGACCAGAUGCACCGUUUCCGUGACAGCUUGGGCGCCCGCCACCGUAAGCUUGCAAUAUGGUGUGCCAUUGGUAUUCCGCUCACGCUCCCGUUCGCAUUGGUUCCUGUUGUUCCGAACGUUCCUGGCUUCUACAUUGCCUAUCGUUUGUAUUGCCACGUAAAGGCACUCAUGGGCGUGAACAAUCUUAGCUACUUGCUCGAAAGCGACGACGGAGGUGAUGCUGUUGAAGACACGCAGCACUUGACGUUCCGUGCAUUACCGGAGCUUGACACGCCAUACUUGGUAGACGCCACUUUUAAGAAGGUGCGAGCACAAGAUGCGGAGGAAAACGAGCAGAUUCUCUUGACACCAGCCACCCUUGACCGCUUGGUGGAUGAAUUGGGUAUUCCUGCUCUCCGCACUGACUUGCACCGUGCGUUGGCACAGGAACUGGCUCGAAUUGAGGACAGUUUGGCCCAAGAUCCGGUGGAAUAA